CCAGCCACGCCGGCCAUAAGGAAGGCACACCUUCUUCAUGGUGAUUCCUUGUUGUACGGUGUGACUCGACAGACAGCCUGACGUCACAACACACACGCGUACACAGAAACGCCCUGAAUCGGUGUCCUGCCUCACAGGCCACCCUGACCGUUUAAGAGCCACGAGUUGCCUCCAGCACAAUUUCUCCAGCAUAUCGCCCAUGGUGGAUGGUGAAGUCGCCGAUGCUCGUGUCGCCGGGGACCACCUGCCAGAUGGCAUCGCCCACAUCGCCAUGCACUUCCAGCCACAGCCGCACACGCCCCAGGCCCCGCACGCCAGCGUUGAGCAGAGACGUCAGGCCGCUGCUAACGAGCUCGGCAGCGCCAGCGGGCUCCAACUCAUCAAGGACUGAAUGAACACACACACACACACACGCACGCACGCACAAGGCGGAUGCACACACAGGAUGAACCGACGAGCACCUUCCUGUACUCACUAUAUUCCCGGCAUACCUUCUAAGUACAUCUCUAUGUCGCUAAUUGCUGGCAGGCUAUUCGACCCCCGGCCACCGAAGGGGCCGCCCUGCGUGAAACUGACCGCACCCCACAGAUCAUCACCCACACAGACCUCGGCCACCUGCCUCCCCGCACCCAGCGCUUCCAGCACACCCCUCCUGUCCUCUGCGCCCACAUUUGAGCCGAACGCCACCGUCCCCACCUUCAAGGGCAUCUUCUCUGCCAGCAGCCGGCCCGCAGCAGCACCCAGACCGCUGUAGACACGCAGCUGUCUGGCCCUUGGGAAGUGCUGCAGGCGGUUGAUGAUGUCGGGGACGGGCGAGCCGGAGUCGGGAGGGGGGACGAAGCCAUCGGCAUUUUCAACUGUCACGUACCCCACAUAGUCGAAUGAGAGACACUUUGCGAUGUCGACGGCCGCCUGGCUGGGGUUGACGAUGGGGUGGGUGAGGUCGUGCUGACUGAGCCUGUAGACUACGUGGCUCGCCUGCCGUGCCGCCUCCUGGAUGGCCACCUUGAUGAAGGGGGAGGGGCGAGGGGGGAAUGUGUCGGCGUAGAAGAGGGACAGCUCGAAGGGGACCCACUCCGCGCCCUUCACAGUGAUGGGCACGUCAGGCGACACGCAGCAGACAUUGAUCAGGUCAUCGAAAGCGAGCAGGGCGGCAAGGGCAGUGGUUUCCGCGAAGGCUGGAACCUCCACGUCGAGCCUCUUGAGCGACUUGAGGCAGCCGCGCAAUGUGAGCACAUCCUACAGAUGAAAAGAGACGGACACCAUUCGUGUCCUUAUCAACCCCUAUCAAGCCUCUCUAGUGUGAUUGUGCUUACUCGGAGCCGCGCCGUUUCGAUGCCAUGCUUGAUCACGCCGAUACGCUCUAGUUGUCUGAGCGGCCCUGACUGGCCAGGAGCUGCCAUGGGUAUGUGCGCAAACACAGUCGCCCACUGCCCGUCCCGCAGAUGCCCCCCCACUUGUUUCAGCGAUGACGACGACUUAAUGAAUCGGCCCAGCUCGCUGGUGGUCCACUCCUCCUGAUCCACACACUCGAGUGCGGGCAUCUUCCAUCCCCUCUCGGCCAGUACACUGUGCUCCUGGACGGCUCCUGUGACGGCCCUGAGUGAGGGGAGGGUCGGUGGCGGGGCGAAUGGGGGAGGAAGGUAACAAGGCGGGGGCCUGGUGCUUGUUGUGGUGAUGCUGCUGCUGAAUUUGAUCGUCUCCAGACUGCCUUCGGCCAUGUGCUGCUGGCCCUCCUUCUCGCGCGCUUCACGCCGCCCGGCCACAUGGCCCUCCACGAUGCUUGUCAUGAUGUCCAGACAGCAGAACCGCUCGUAGCGUGGCUGCACAAGGCUGAGGGCCGUGAGGUUGAUGAGUCGCUUGCCGAGCUCAAAGGCCUCCUCAGGUGUGAUGCUCUCCCAGAAUUGGCGGUCUCCAUCUGGGGUGCAGUCGAUGUCGAUGUGGGUGUGCUGCUGGAAGGCCCCCUUGCGGACUUGCCCCCACUGCUUCAAGAGGGGUGCGAGGGCCGACAGCUCGCGGGCGGUCAUGAAGCUGAUCACUGAUGCCAGGUGGUCGUCGCCAAAGCCAGCAGGAGCCUGAACCAAAACACAGAACGACGGGAGAGGAAGCCGCAUGAGAAUGGAAGGCGGUCUUUGUGUGUUGUCUGUGGCUGUCUUUGGCUGUGUACCUUCUUGCUGUCAUCCCACACCUACACCCACCCACAUGACACAACACACCCAAGCACCAAAGACAAACGUCAAACAGUGCUCUCCGGCACCUCUCUGUUGAGCUGUGUUUGCCUACCAUGGGUGGCUGUGGGUUCGCGUUUGUGAGCGCCGUGGCCUCGGUGUGCGGCACCAUCACUUUGAACUCCUCACGGUGUCCGCCCACCUCCCUCAUGUAAACCGCCGUCCGUCCACUGCUCUCGUCGAUGCGAUAGACGUCGGCCUUGACCCACCUCUGCUUGCCCUUCUCCCGCUCGUUGGUCACCAUCUGCACACGACUGCCCUCCCGGUAGCGGCACGGCGCAGCGGACGCCAUUGCCUGACGAAUCGAACAAUCAAACGAUCGAAGGGAUGAGUCAAUGAGUGAUGGUCUGACACGCGGUCUGACACGCGGUAGUGUCUGCCUGUUGCACCUUGACUUACCUCGCCAUGAGGCAAAGCAGACGAAGAUGAAGCAACUGACACGGCGCCACUCAGACGCCGCUGACACGUGGGACAGUGCAAGGGGACAGAUGCAUCACUCUCGUUGACCAUUGACACCCUCGUGUUUUGCUUCUUGCCAGUGAGGUCUGCUUGACUUUUCUCACUGUAAGAAGGCGUAUUCUCUAUUGCGAAUGGCCAGCGGCCUCCACAGGACACUCACGCUCACUCAGUGGGGGGAAAAAGUCUUCUCAGUAGCGAUGGU